AUGAACCUUCCUCCGACCAGCACUUGCUCGCACGAAGCAGCCUCACCCCUCAUGGCCGCCUUCACAGACGCCACUCCGUCCCUUGGCCCAUCAACCGCCAGCACCGUCGAUUCCUCCUCUGACGGCCCCGCUACUCCGUCCGACAAGUCGCCCUUCUUGUCGGCAGACGUCUACUCGCUCUCGCCGCCCAUCGACGCCCUCACCCUCGCCCUCCCCCACAGACCCGCCACUCCCACCCAGCGAUCGCCUUUAGCCGUCCUCCCACACAUUCUGAACCCGGAAACUGCAGCCAACGUCCCCAUCCGAAAGGUUUGCUGUAUCGGAGCUGGCUACGUCGGUAAGCCAUCUCCCGCGACUCACGUGAUCCGUUCAUUGCGAUGCUGAUGUGCGUGCGCUAGGUGGUCCCACGGCGGCUGUCAUCGCCCUGCACAAUCCGGAUGUUCGCGUCACUGUCGUCGAUCGGGAUGAGAAGCGCAUCAAUGCGUGGAAGGGCAGGCAUUUGCCCAUUCAUGAGCCGGGCCUGGUAGAUGUCGUGCGACUUGCAAGAGACGGCGGCAGUCAAGCCAAGAGUGAGAACGGGGCCAGAUCCGGCCGCCAGCCGAAUCUGUUCUUCUCCACUGCAUGCACAGAGACGAUCGCCGAGGCCGAUAUGGUGCUGAUUAGCGUCAACACCAACACCAAGAAGCGAGGCGUUGGUGCUGGUCGCGCGACCGAUAUGACUGCGUUGGAAGGUGCGGUCCGCGACGUAGCCAUUCAUGCCAAAGCCGGCACCAUAUUGGUGGAGAAGAGCACCGUGCCUUGCAAGACUGGCCAAUUGAUCAAGGACAUAGUAAGUGGAAAUCGCAGCCAUUGCAUCGGAGCUGGCAGCUCACACUCUUCCAGAUGGAGGCCCACAGACCUGGCCUUGUUUUUCCCGUCCUUUCCAAUCCCGAAUUCUUGUCAGAAGGGACCGCAAUCCGCGAUUUGAUGCAUCCCGAUCGCGUCGUCAUUGGUUGCGAAUCCACCAUCUCAGGCCAUCGCGCCGCUGCAGCCCUCGCAAACUUGUACGCCGCUUGGGUGCCACGAUCAAGGAUAGCACCCAUCAAUAUUUGGUCAUCCGAGCUUUGCAAGCUUGCGGCCAAUGCCAUGCUCGCGCAGCGUAUCAGCAGCAUCAACUCCAUCUCGGCAAUCUGCGAACGGACCGGUGCAGAUGUCGGUGAAAUCGCCAAAUCUGUCGGCAUGGAUCCGCGCAUUGGACCUCACUUCCUCAAGGCUGGUCUUGGAUUCGGUGGCUCUUGCUUCCGGAAAGAUAUCGCCAGCUUAACAUAUCUCGCGGAGUCGCUUGGUCUGCCAGAAGUUGCAGAGUACUGGCAACAGGUCCUGACCAUGAACAACUUCCAGCGAGAUCGAUUCGCAAGACAUGUGAUUGCAACCCUGAACAACUCGCUGCGGGGCAAGAAGAUCACCAUUCUUGGGUACGCCUUCAAGAAGAACACGGGCGACGCGCGAGAGUCACCCGCUCUGGAUGUCAUUCGUAUCCUCCUCGACGAGGGCCCUCGCAGCAUCGCCAUCUUCGACCCGCUGUGUAGCGAAGCUGACAUUAAGCGUGAACUGAGCGUCCUCGAAGUCGACACCGCCUUCGCCAAGCCCGACGGACCUGUUGAGAUACUCUCCGAUCCCUAUGAGGCAUGCAAGGACAGCAGCGCAGUGCUCGUCUUGACCGACUGGGAUAUGUUCAAAGCCUCACUUCCGGGGCGCGCACAGGGCAAGCCCAUCGAGACACCAAAUCCUCUUCAAGGAUCGACACCUGCAGAUGUACUGCAGCUCACCCCCAGACAGACUCGUGAGUUCGCGAAGCCCGCCCAACCGGAGGCAGGAUCUUCAUCGCUGCCGGCUGAGCUGGCUGCCAAACUUAUCCCCGAGCCCGUCUGCCCCUCUAACUGCAAGGAGUGCGCAGACGCGGCUUCGAAAGGGCAGUCUGGCGAGAGAGAUGUCACCACUCCCCUGAAUUGGGCCAACAUCUCUCGCUCUGUCCGGGAACCGAGAUGGGUCUUCGACGGGAGGGGCAUUCUCGACGCUCGUGCGAUGAUUAGCAUGGGCUUCCGCCUCGAGACUCUUGGACGCGCGAGCCUGUACUGA